UUCUUCCUCAUCAGUCAUAUUGUCUGUAAUGUAAUAACAUAACAUCCAGGGUUUUAGGGUUUUAGGACAUAGUCAUGGGGUCCAAAAACAAAGAUAGUAACACGAAAAAGGGAAAAAGACCGGCCAAUACCUCCCCUGCCGCCAUAGAUGAAAGCGGUAAAGGAAACAGAACUGAGAAAAACAUCAUCAAUGAUUCUAGAUUUGCGGCAUUACACUCAGACCCUAGAUUCCGUGAACCGCCACAGAAAAAGUCGAAAGUCACAAUUGAUUCUAGAUUUAACCGUAUGUUCACUGACAAAAACUUCACUUCAUCAAAAGCCCCAACUGAUAUUAGAGGCAAACCCCGUAAUAAAUCCUCCUCUAAUAACCCUCUUAACCAUUAUUACCACAUUCAGGAAGAAGAACAAGCAGAUGGUGAAAAACAAAAGAGGCAGAAGGAGAAAUCAAAGCCCAUUACAUCUCCAUUAAUUAAGAAAAUCAAUGCCAAUCUUGGAAAAUCUGAUGAAGAAGAGGAAGAAGAAGAAAGCGAUAGUGACAGCGGGACAAGUGAGGAAGAAAUUGAGGACCUUAAAUUGAAGAAAGUUGUGGUUGCAUCAUCAGAGUCCGAAGACGAUGAGGAGUUGGAAAGGGAUGAUUCAUUGGCAAGUACAGAGGAUGAGGAUUCUGAUUCUGAUGAUGAAAGUGAUGAGGUUUCCUCAGAGGAGGAAGACACUUUCAUGCAGAAAGAGGAUGUGCCUGAAAUUGACAAGGAAACUAAGAGGCUUGCAGCUGUUAACAUGGAUUGGGGCAGAGUAAAGGCAGUUGACUUGUAUGUGCUAUUGAACUCCCUUCUGCCAAAAGGGGGUCAAAUAAUAUCGGUUGCUGUCUAUCCAUCUGACUUUGGACUCAACCGUAUGGAAGAGGAGGCUGUCAAUGGUCCAAUUGGCCUAUUUGAUGAUGAAAAUGAAAAAGAUGAAGAUAGUGAUGAUGAAGAUGACGACGACGACGAAAUUGACAAUAAGAAAUUACGUGCUUAUGAAAUGAGUCGGCUCAGGUAUUAUUAUGCUGUGGUGGAAUGUGAUUCAAUUGCUACAGCAGAUUACCUUUACAAAACUUGCGAUGGGGUUGAGUUUGAAAGAACAUCAAACAAAUUAGAUUUGAGGUUUAUUCCGGAUUCCAUGGAAUUCAAGCAUCAACCACGUGACAUUGCAACAGAGGCCCCUGCAGAUUAUGAAGGUCUAGAUUUUCACACUCGAGCUCUGCAGCAUAGCAAUAUUGAACUUACAUGGGAUGAGGAUGAGCCACAGCGCAUCAGGACCUUGAAGAGACAAUUCAAUGAUGAACAGCUUGCAGAUUUGGAGUUGAAAGAGUUUUUAGCUUCUGAUGAGAGUGAAAGUGAUGCUAGCGAGGAAGGUGAUGACACAGAAGAUAAAUCUGCCAAAAGGAAGAAAAAACAAGAUGCGUACCGUGCGUUGCUCCAGUCUGGGGAGGGUUCAGAUGGAAACAAUGAGGACGAUGAUCAGGACAUGGAGGUCACAUUUAACACUGGCUUGGAAGAUCUAAGCAAACGUAUCUUAGAAAAGAAGGAUAAACAGUCAGAAACUGUAUGGGAAGCUUAUCUCAGAAAGAAAAAGGAGAAAAAGAAGUCCAGGAAAGGUAACUCCAAGGAUUCAUCAGAAGAUGAGAGCAGCGAUAGUGAUCAAGAACCUAUAGAAGAAUCUGAGGACUUUUUCAUAGAUGAGGCUUCUGCUAAAGAGGAUAAGAGCACCAGGAAAAGGAAGCAGAGCCUUGAAGCAUCCGAAGAAGCUGAAGCAAGUAGAGCAGAGCUUGAGUUAUUACUGGCAGAUGACAAAGCAGGAGAUGCUAACUUGAAGGGUUACAACAUGAAACCUAAACGAUCAAAGGGGAAGAAGGGUAAAGAAAUUCCAGUUGAGGACAAGUUACCAAGUAUAGAUUAUGAAGAUCCACGGUUUUCAUCUCUCUUUAAAUCACCACUCUUCGCAUUGGACCCCACAGAUCCUCAGUUCAAACGGAGUGCAGCUUAUGCUCGGCAGUUGGCGCAAAAGCAACACAAGGCCGAAGAAGGAAUUGUGAAGGAAAAGCAACAGCCUGGAAUAGCUGCACCGCUGCAGCCAUCCAGAACAUUAGAGGCAGUAACUAGUGAAAAAUUGCAGUCGGAUGAUUUGCCUUUGAGAAAGGAGAAGCACGAGCUAUCUUCCUUAGUUAAAUCUAUUAAGAUGAAAUCACAACAAUUAUCAUUGCCUUCUCAAGGUAAGGUGGUAGGAAAGAAUGAAAAAAGCCGAGCAAGCGCAAAGAAGAUUGAUGAAGAGCGAGGAAUUGAAGAGAAUGAAAAAAGUCGAGCAAGGGCAAAGAAGGACGGAAAGCGAAGAAAAUAAGAGAGCGAAAAGUAAGAGGUUAUAUAAAUUCCGCUCUAAGACUGACUUCUCAUUGGAGUGAACGCCGGUUUCUGAAGAUGAAUCAUGGUUCAGUGUUGGGUGAAUAGUGGCCGCAGUGAAUCUCAAUACAUAGCAACUUCUAUUUUUUUUCAUUUCCUUUAUUUUUUACAGUAAGGUCUAAAUUUAUGGUUGUGGGGCAGGGGCAGAAAUAUUUUGACGUUUGGUAUGAUCCGUUGUUGUUUUGCUGUGUUACCUUUACACAGUUGGACGUUUUACAGUUGUCAAUUUUUUGGUUUAACUGUUGUAAACUGUAAACUUGAUACAGUUCCUCUGUACUCAUUCGAGAUUGAAAUUGCAAUGUUCCUCCUAACUGUUUA